CAUCGUCAUAUUUUGCUUUAUAAUUGAAAACAGAUCCAAAGUAAUGAUUUUUGUUUACAUCUAAACCAUAUUUCCCAAAUUAAAGCAUCCAAGCCCCAACACAACCAGCCCUAUGAUUCAAUGUUUUGAUGUCUUCAAUUCCAAUAUUUAAUACGUUGGGAUAUUUUUCCAUUGUGCUAACAUGUUUUUGGCAAGUGUUUUCCAAAUUUGGCAUGUUGUUUUAUAAGCCGUAACUUAAAUUCUUGCAAAUUUGAUAUUUAAUUUCAAUCAACAAUUAAUCAACCAAGAUUGGAACAAUUUACCAUAUAUAUAUACUGAUAUCUGUUUCAAAAAGGAAAUUGCAAAUAACUCAUUAUAGUGAAUCAUAAGCAAACAUUAGAAAGAAAUCAAUUAUUUGGUAGAGUUAAAGAAACAAAUUAAUUUGUAUGGUUAAUUUAGAAACAAAUAAAUUUGCAUAUAACUGAAAUCAAGCCAGUCGUAUAUCUUCUAACCAAAAUCCGGUAACGCAAAUCAAGCCACUGAUACAGCCAAUUCUUACAUUAGUAUCUAGAGAUCCACUGACCAUUAGUAGUAGUAUAUAACCAUCAUCAAACUCUUUUAUUUACAUGUGUCAAAAGUCAAAGACCAACAAGUACCUUAAAGAACAAGAAGGAAGAAAUGGCUAACACCGUUUGUUGUCUCACGUUAAUUUUGUUCAUCGCUUCUCUAGCAAGUGGCGUUUCAGCCGCUGCUUCCGCCGGAAGAAUGAUAUUCGACGUCCGAAGCUACGGUGCUCGUGGUGACGGCAAAACAGAUAACGCCAUCGCGUUUACAAGGGCGUGGAAAGAUGCGUGCCAAUGGAAAGGAAGCGCUAGAGUGUUCGUACCACUCGGAACGUUCUACCUCGGCGGUGUAACAUUCGCGGGACCAUGCCAAAAUCGCAUUAGUUUCAUCAUCAAAGGAACUUUGUUAGCACCUAAAGAUGCUAACGCAAUCAAACAAGACACGUGGAUUAUUUUCAGGUACGUAGACUAUCUCACGGUCUCGGGCGGCGGCACUCUUGACGGCCAAGGAACCAGCGCGUGGCGACUCAACGACUGCACCAGAAACCCUAACUGCCGCCCUCUACCGAUGAACAUUGCUUUCCAGUUCGUGAGAUUCUCGAGAAUCAGCCGCAUCAAAUCUAUCAACAGCAAAAUGGGCCACCUCAACUUCUUCGCCGUGGAAUAUUUUGAGAUUACACGUGUCAGUAUUAGGGCUCCUGAAGAUAGCCCUAACACCGACGGGAUCAAGAUUGGCUCGUCGCACCACAUGAAGAUUCACGACGUCUUCAUUGGAACCGGCGACGACUGCAUCGCGAUCUUGUCAGGAACCACCAACUUGGAUAUCUAUAGUGUCAAGUGCGGACCGGGUCAUGGGAUCAGCGUUGGAAGCCUUGGGAGGUUUAAAGAUGAGAAGAGCGUUUAUGAAAUAUCAGUUAGGGACUUGGUCUUUACCGGUACGAGCAAUGGGGUUCGUAUCAAGACAUGGGCUCCUUCGGCGUCACGGAACACUGUUUCGAAUUUUACUUUCCAGAAUCUCCAGAUGAUCAAUGUCGGAAACCCAAUCAUCAUAGAUCAACAGUACUGUCCAAACAACCAGUGUAGCAAAAAUUCUCAUUCUCAGGUUCAGAUAGAAAACGUGAAGUUCAAUAACAUUUGGGGGACUUCGACGGACAAAGUGGCCGUGAAGUUGCAAUGUAGCCAGACGGCUCCUUGCAAAGACGUUGAGCUAGCCGGAAUUAACUUGGUGCACCGUGGAAUUGACGGUCCAGCCACCGCGUUGUGUGAGAAUGUUUCUGGCUGGACUCGUGGCAAGAUUUCACCUCCUUCUUGCAUUUGAUUGUCAUUAUUUUAUUUUGUUAUAUUUUUCAUUGUAACUUUUCUAGUUCUGUCAAUUUCAAUAUGUAACACUUUGAUUAUGGCAUUCGUGACCUUGAGAGUCAGAGAAAUGGACUUCAUCUUGUCUUCUCUAAAGCUUCUUUCCAACGCCGCUAAAUCUGAAUUGACAAACAUUUAUUUUCACCGAACUCAAGCAACAGUUUACUACCUUGGAAUAUAAAAGCCACCACUAAUCAGGG